AUGGAGACCAGCUGGAUCCUCCUCGCGGGCGCCCUCCUGCUCUCGCUCCUCGUCCUCCGCCGGCGCCACGCCAAGAACCGCCGCCUGCCGCCGGGUCCCCUGGCCGUGCCGCUGUUCGGCAACCUGCUGUGGCUGAGGAACUCCGCGGCCGACGUGGAGCCCCUGCUGCUGAAGCUCUUCAAUCGGUAUGGCCCGGUCGUGACGCUCCGGAUGGGCACCCGGCUCGCCAUCUUCGUGGCCGACCGCCGCCUCGCGCACGCCGCGCUCGUGGGCGCCGGCGCCGUCACGAUGGCGAACCGGCCGCAGGCCGCCACGAGCUCGCUCCUGGGCGUCAGCGACAACAUCAUCACCCGCGCCGACUACGGGCCCGUGUGGCGCCUCCUGCGCCGCAACCUGGUCGCCGAGACGCUGCACCCGUCGCGCGUCAGGCAGUUCGCGCCCGCGCGCGCCUGGGUGCGCGGCGUCCUCAUGGACAAGCUGCGGGCGGGAAGUGGUGCCGGGGACGACGAGCCGGGCGACGUCAUGGAGGCGUUCCGGUACACCAUGUUCUGCCUCCUCGUGCUCAUGUGCUUCGGCGAGCGGCUGGACGAGCCCGCGGUGCGCGCCAUCGAGGACGCCGAGCGCACGUGGCUGCUCUACAUCUCCCAUCAGAUGAGCGUCUUCUUCUUCUUCCCGUCCGUCACCAGGCACGUCUUCCGCGGCCGCCUGCAGACCGCGCGCGCCUUGCGCCGGCGCCAGGCGGAGCUCUUCGUGCCGCUCAUCAACGCUCGCCGCGAGUACAAGCGGCAGGCCAUGGCCGGCCAGGCGCCGGCGAGGGAGACCACGUUCCAGCACUCGUACGUGGACACCCUGCUCGACAUCACGCUCCCCGCAGAGUUGGGCCACCGCGCGCUCACCGACGACGAGAUCGUCGCGCUCUGCUCCGAGUUCCUCACCGCCGGCACCGACACCACCUCCACGGGCCUGCAGUGGAUCAUGGCCGAGCUUGUGAAGAACCCGGCCGUCCAAGACCGGCUCCACGCGGAGAUCAAGGCCACGUGCGGCGACGACGCCGAGGCGGUCUCGGAGGAGGCCGUGCACGGGAUGCCGUACCUUAAGGCGGUGAUCCUGGAGGGCCUGCGCAAGCACCCGCCGGGCCACUUCGUGCUUCCGCACAAGGCCGCCGAGGACAUGGACGUCGGCGGGUACCUGAUUCCCAAGGGCGCGACGGUGAACUUCAUGGUGGCCGAGAUGGGCCGGGACGAGCAGGAGUGGGAGAGGCCGAUGGAGUUCGUCCCGGAGCGGUUCCUGGAGGGCGGCGACGGCGUGGGCGUGGACAUGACGGGCACCAAGGGGAUCAGGAUGAUGCCGUUCGGCGUGGGGCGGAGGAUCUGCGCCGGGCUGUCCAUCGCCAUGCUGCACCUCGAGUUCUUCGUGGCCAACAUGGUGAGAGAGUUCGAGUGGAGAGAGGCUCCCGGCCACGAGGUGGAGUUCGGGGAGAAGAGCGAGUUCACCACCGUCAUGAAGAAGCCGCUGCGCCCGCGCCUCGUGCCAAGGAGGAGUUGA